AUGUCGCUAUGGAAGAACCUGCAUGGAAGAUUGAGAUUCACAAAUAGACUGGUUGCUUCUACAGCUAGAUUCUACUCCAAACCGAGCGAUGUGAAAGCGGUGAAAUCCGUAUCUCAAGAGAUCGCUUCCAAACAAAAACUGUACUUGACGGACCCCGUGUCCCCCGGGUCCAUCUUCUUUUUGCCCAAUGGUACAAAGAUCUUCAAUAAGCUCAUCCAGUUCAUGAAAAUGCAAUUGCAACAGACACAGUUUGGAUACGAAGAAGUCAUCACUCCUCUGAUAUUUCGAAAAUCACUAUGGGAACAGUCGGGCCAUUGGGACAAUUACAAAGAGGACAUGUUUAGGGUAGAGGGACAGGAUAUUUCCAAGGAGACAUACGGACUAAAACCGAUGAAUUGCCCAGGGCAUUGUGUCAUGUUUCGAAAGUUUGACCAUUCGUACAACGAACUACCCCUCAGAUACACGGAUUUUUCGCCCCUGCAUAGAAAUGAGGCCUCUGGCGGAUUAUCGGGGCUGACCAGAUUAAGAAAUUUCCACCAGGAUGAUGGACAUAUCUUUUGUUCAAAGGAUCAAAUCGAUUCAGAAAUUCUUGGCUGUUUGCAGUUAGUCGACUUGUGUUACGGUCGGAUUUUUGAGUUCAAUGAAAACACAGACCAGUCUUAUUACAUUAAUUUAUCUACGAGACCAAAGGAUCACUACAUCGGGGACAUACAAGUCUGGGACCAUGCCGAGUCAGUACUGAGGAAUAUACUAGAAAAGUCCGGGAAAAAGUGGGAAUUGAAUGAAGGUGAUGGCGCGUUCUACGGUCCAAAACUCGACAUUAUGGUGCCAGAUAAUGCCGGGAAAGUACACCAAGUGGCAACAAUCCAAUUGGACUUUCAAUUACCCGAGAGGUUUGAUUUGAAGUUUAAAAAUAAGGACAACAAAUACGAAAGACCGAUAAUGAUCCACAGGGCAAUUUUUGGUUCCGUGGAAAGGUUUCUAUCUUUACUGAUCGACCAUUAUAAGGGUAAAUGGCCAUUCUGGUUGAAUCCAUACCAAGCCAUGAUUAUUCCGGUAAACACCAAAAUGGAGGGGCAGACCGAAGCUUGUUUGCGUUUGAAAGAGAUGCUACGCGGUGAAAUUAACCACGAAUCCUCUGAAAACUUGAAACCCGUGCCCUUAAAUAGUUUCCAUUUUGACGUGGACGUGGAUGCAAGACCAGAGCCUGUCGGAUAUAGGAUAAAAGAUGCCAUUUCGAAGCAUUACUCUUAUCUCAUUAUGGUUGGAGACGAGGAAGUCAAGACAAAAACCUACAGUAUUAGGUCAAGAGACAAUAGAAAGUUGACCCGUUUGACUUCUGAAGAGAUUUUCGAAAAGUUUCAAAAGUUGGAGAGCGAAUACAAGUAA